UGCCACAAAAAUCAUAGGGCAAAUAAAAUUAGCCUAAUUGAGUAUUUGAGUAGAGAAAUUAGUCUUAACAAGUAUAGUUAAGAUGGCCGGAAAAGUGUCUAAAAUUCCGAUGAAGCAAUCCGAUGACCCUGAUGGUCUUAUAUUUGGGUUCUUAGACGAAAGUCUCGAGUUUGAGUCAUCAAAAAGUUCGUUAGAGUCGAGCAUUAGCUAUAGCAGUGGAGAUAUAAUGGGCGAAGAAGAGGAAGAUGAAAAUAAUGUUAACAAUAGUGAAAAGAAUAAGUUGUUUUGGGCAUCACAAGAGGAGCUUCUUCAGACAACAUUGUGCAGGACAACUUCUUUUGAAUCGAGAGUCAGAAAAGCAACAAAGGGGGCUUUAAAAGAAUUGAAAUCAAGUGGCAUCAAUUGCACCUGCAGGAAAAUGGUGAUGGAUAGUUGCCGGAAAUGUAUGCAAAAAGAAAUCACGGAACGCCUUAUAAACGCAGGUUUCAAUUGUUACAUUUGCAAGUCCAAGUGGAAAAGCUCAACCGGAAUUCCAUCGGGUGAAAACACAUACAUGGAAGUGGUGCAAAACGCAAGUUCAAGAAAUGGAGAGAUGAAGGUGAUCAUAGAGUUGAAUUUCAGGGGAGAAUUCGAAAUGGCACGUGCCAACGAAGACUACAAUCGUCUAGUCAAACAGUUGCCUGAAGUAUACGUAGGAAAGGUUGAGAGGCUUCGAAAUUUAAUUAAAAUACUGUGUUGUGCUUCAAAGAAAUGCAUGAAGGAACAAAAGAUGCACAUGGCUCCAUGGAGGAAGCAUAAAUAUAUGCAAGCUAAGUAUCUCGGUUCGCCGGAAAUUAAGCCGAAGCCAAUUUUUCCGGUGAACAAUUUGCAGCGUUUGCCAAGGCCGAAGGCUUCUAUGCUCACUUUCGAUUUGCUUGAUAGCUUGCUGCCACCACCGGGGUUGCUUUGUGCCGCGAUCAAAGUUAUUUGAUAACAACAGUAA